AUGACGAAAGAUAUCAGUAAGAUAGUUACAUAUUCAUUUAUUGAUUACAAAGAUGUUCUGCAGAUAUACUCGAUUUAUAAUAACGAGAAAGUUAACAAAUAUAUUCGAAAAGAGCUCGAAGGAAUUCCAAGAUUAGAUUUUAGAGAAAAAGUAACUUCAAAGCAAAGAAAUCCAUCAAAGAAUUGGACUACUGAAGAACUUGAUGCAUUUGUCAAGGGCUUAGAAGAAUUUGGUGUUGGAAAUUGGACUUUAAUUCGGAAUAAAUACAGUUCAAUCUUUGAUAAAAAUAACAGAACUCGUCAAGAUAUGUAUAGAAAAUGGGUAAAUUUGAGCAAGAAGUCAGAAUAUCAAUAUCUAAUUCCACAAAACAAUAAUAAGCAGGAAAAGAAAGCAAAAUAG